GUGUACUUUAUUUAAUAGUUUUUCAUCCAAUAUUUAUCUUAAUGGUUUGGAGUUACCUUCAAGGAGUAUUUACGAAACCUGGUUAUCCCGAUGAAACUAGUUCAGAUAUUUCGUUGCCUCGAUUUCUUUCAUUAUCAUCAUAUCAACCAUUAUCUCAACAUUAUUCUCAGGCCAAUCAGGGCUCUACAGGUUCUAAUCAAACAAAUAAUGAAAAUAAUGAUUCUAAUAAUUUAGCAAGGACAAUAACUGUAAAACAAAACGUUUGGACGACAAUUUAUUCACUUUUAAUAAUGCUAGCUACAAUACCACCAACUUUCGAAUUCACGGCUUCGUCGUACGAGGCAAUAUUAGAGCUGGACUUAAAUUGGUCGUUUUUGAUUCUCGUUGGUGCUAUAUUUUCUCUUUGUCUUUCGGGAUUUGCUAUUUAUCAUACAACGCUCAUUUUAUCCAAUCAAACUACACUUGAGAGUUUACAACGACAACGUUAUAAAAUAAAGGAGAAUAGUGAAGUUACAUCAAGUAAUUAUUUGAAUUUAUUUGAUGUUGGUAAAAGGGCUAACUUUCAACAAGUGAUGGGCUCAACAUGGUAUCUUUGGCUAAUUCCAAUAGGAAACUCAUAUGGCGAUGGUUACUCAUGGCCUUUAAAUCCACAUCAAUGCAUCACAUUAUGUGAUUCAGUUGAAGAUUUGAAUGAAAACCGCGUUUAA